AUGGCGGCCAAGGAGCUCAUCGUAGUGCGUAUAUGUCUGUGUCUGCACAGUUCUCAGUUCGACGUUUGGCCGCGCGCAGAAAAACGCUUCCGACCUGGAACCGUAGCGUUGCGUGAAAUACGCAAAUAUCAGAAAAGCACAGACUUGCUCAUUCGCAAACUGCCGUUUUCGCGUGUAGUACGUGAGAUUGCGCUGGACAUGACGACGGAUAUGAACGACUAUGCCGAUGCCGGCCUACGAUGGCAAAGCUCCGCAAUAUUGGCACUGCAAGAGGCGACAGAGGCCUACUUGGUACAUCUAUUCGAGGAUGCGAAUUUGUGUGCUAUUCAUGCAAAACGAGUAACAAUCAUGCAGCGAGACAUUCAGCUAGCACGUCGUAUACGAGGUUCCUGGGGUGGCGGUGCUUAA